AUGUCUGAGGGCCGCGUCCUUGGGGAGAUGCUUGAGACGCUGCAACGUCUUGAGACGAGAAUCGAUGGCCAAAAAGAUCGGCUCGAUGCCAUUGAGUUGUCCAUCCGUUCAGGGGGUGCCUCCUCCAUGGCCACAAGCAGUUCCAUCGUAAACUCGGAUCACGACUCGACUGCGGCUGAGCAUCUCCACGAGUGUCCGAGCCCCAUCACACCGCCAUCCGCGGAACAGCCUACGUAUCCAGCCUCUGUUUACAGAGCCUCCAUUGCCGAGAUGCGCAAGCGCUUCGAGUUUGUCGAUGCCAGCUGCUCUGAUGUUCAUCCCAUGCAGGCAGCCAGUCCCGAUAAUCUGCAAUGGGACCAGACGGGCGUGGCAUCAAAUCCAAACCAAGACGAGGGAUACGAACACGAAGUGGUAUACACCGAAUCUGCCUAUUCGAGACCUCUCUCACGCCUGGAUCUGGGAGAUAUGGCCGAGGCGCCACCUCUCCCAAACAACAUUCAGUUUCAGACAGAUUUUCAAGGGAGGGCGGUGCCGAGCUAUUCGGGAGAGCAGCAUCACGAACCUGUCGUUGAUACCCGGGAGCUGCAGACCUCACACUCAGACCCUGCGCACACCCAGGACGAAAUUCGGGCAGUCCGCUACGAAGAUGUCCACUUUCACAGCAUCCAAGCCCAGAAGGAGACUUCCCAGACGACUGGGGCUAGGCCUGACAUCUCGCGGCGGCAUGAGCACGUCGAGGUCAUGUACUUGGCCUGGGACAACUUCAAGACAUCUCUCCGCCCCUCCUGGUGGCUCUUCUCGUCUGAGCACAGGGCAGCUCUUAAUGAGAAACGGCGGCUGGGUGAGCUGUGCGGAACUGGGGCAACGCCACGACAGAGACUGGGAGAAGUGUUGAAGUGGUAUAAAUUGGCCAUUAAAGUCAUUCGUCGGACAAAAACGCGCGGUUUGGGCAAAGGGGACAUGGUAUCGGUCGUUCAAAUGUAA